GUCAGCGUCCCGGUCCUCCUGACUUUCGGCCCGCUCCUUCUGGAGGGCUCAGCUCAACAGGUGCCUCCUCCCAGACUUCUUACCGGUUUGCUCCAGGUGUCCCUACAUCACACCCGAGGACGCCCAAAGGCCCCCUCUCCAUCCUCCUCGGGUUGCUGGCCCUUGACCCAGAGCCCCAUUCAUACCUUCCCACCUGCGGCCCCGGGGGGUGGUCUGUUCUCACCGACUACGCCCAUCCAGCCUCUGCACCUGCAGGUCCCUCUCUCCGUCUUCCCGCCCACCCUACCUAGUCCUCCGGACCCCUUUCGGGCCUCAUGUCCUCGCCCUCCGCCCUCAUGGUCCCAGAGCAGGGCCCCGCCAACAACAGCACCCUGGACUGGGAGUCGGGGCCGCCAUCGGAGCCGGGGGGCAGCGGCUGGGUGGCGGCCGCGCUGUGUGUGGUCAUCACGCUGACGGCGGCGGCCAACUCGCUGCUCAUCGCGCUUAUCUGCACGCAGCCCACGCUGCGCAACACGUCCAACUUCUUCCUGGUGUCGCUCUUCACGUCGGACCUGAUGGUGGGGCUGGUGGUGAUGCCGCCGGCCAUGCUGAAUGCGUUGUACGGGCGCUGGGUGCUGGCGCGGGGCCUCUGCCUGCUCUGGGCCGCCUUCGACGUGAUGUGCUGCAGCGCCUCCAUCCUCAACCUCUGUCUGAUCAGCCUGGACCGCUACCUGCUCAUCCUCUCGCCGCUGCGCUACAAGCUGCGCAUGACGCCCCCGCGCGCUCUGGCGCUGGUCCUGAGCGCCUGGGGCCUGGCCGCGCUCGCCUCCUUCCUGCCCCUGCUGCUGGGAUGGCACGAGUUGGGCCGCGCGCGGGCGCCCGCCCCGGGCCAGUGCCGCCUGCUGGCCAGCCUGCCCUUCGUCCUGGUGGCGUCGGGCCUCACCUUCUUCCUGCCCUCGGGCGCCAUCUGCUUCACCUACUGCAGGAUCCUGCUGGCCGCCCGCAAGCAGGCCGUGCAGGUGGCCUCCCUCACCACCGGCAUGGCCGUCCAGGCCUUGGAGACGCUGCAGGUGCCCAGGACCCCGUGCCCCGGGGUGGAGUCGGCUGACAGCAGGCGUCUAGCCACCAAGCACAGCAGGAAGGCCUUGAAGGCCAGCCUGACACUGGGCAUCCUGCUGGGCAUGUUCUUUGUGACCUGGCUGCCCUUCUUUGUGGUCAACAUAGCCCAGGCCGUGUGCGACUGCAUCUCCCCGGGGCUCUUUGAUGUCCUCACAUGGCUGGGUUACUGCAACAGCACCAUGAACCCCAUCAUCUACCCGCUCUUCAUGCGGGACUUCAAGCGGGCCCUGGGCAGGUUCCUGCCGUGUCCCCACUGCCCCCGGGAGCGCCAGCCCAGUCUUGCCUCGCCCUCCGUGCGUACCUCUCACAGCGGCCCACGGCCGGGCCUGAGCCUGCAGCACGUGCUGCCACUGCCCCUGCUGCCGAACUCGGACUCGGACUCGGACCCGGGCUCGGGGGGCUCCUCAGGCCUGCAGCUCACGGCCCAGCUGCUGCUGCCUGGAGAGGCCACCCGGGACCCCCCGCCGCCUGCCGGGACCACUACCGCAGUCAGCUUCUUCAACGUUGAUCCUGCGGAGCCUGAGCUGCAGCUGCAUCCGCUUGGUACCCCGAGGAACUGACGCAGGCUUGGAGAGCUGGACCGGAUGGGACCAAGUCCCUGAGGCCCUGGACCAGUUCUUGGCUAAAACCAGGAUGCUACAGGUCUCCCGGGAGCCCGCUGAACUCCAGGGGGCUGCACGGAGCCAGCUCCCCGUGCCCACUCCAGGCCUCCUACCUGGAGGGCUAGUUGCUGGCUCGGUACAGUUUUCUCCAGGAUGCCCCACUAUUGAGUGUAACUUGUGGAUGUGUGUAGAGCAAGGCUGGGGGACUCCAGGGAGUGGGGUAAGGACCUCUUGGCCCAGAUUAGGAUGAAGACAACCAUCUCCUUUGCACGUUUCUGUCAGACUGCGUGGGAGGGACACCUCUGUCUGCAGAGGCAGCUUGGCGCUGGGCCAAAUUCCUCGGUCCUCCAAGUGUGGUCCGUGGGCCACCGCCUCAGCUCCCGGGAGCCUGUUAGAAACGCACACCUCUGCCCCACCCCGACCUGGUGUUCAGCAGGUGGAUCCUGCGCACAUUAUCGUUUGAGAUGUGCUGGUUCAGGUGAUCUUUAACCCCGAGAAUGGUUUGCUAGACCGUUUUUGGACCAGUCAGGUUCUCAGGAUACACCUGCCCGCACACAAAGCAUCUGAGCCUGGGAGUCAGGCAGGCCUACAUGUGAACCUCUGCUUCACCACUUACCAGUCCUCGUACAAGUUACUUAACCCCUCUGAGCCUAUUACUCCACGUGCAAAAUGGGAGUAACGAUGCCUGCUUCAUAGGGUGUCUUGAGCGUUAGGAUACUGCACACAGAAUGCCCGGCACUCGGCAGGUGGUCGGCUGGUGGUCCCUGCUGUUACAGCUCCUGGCCAUCCAGCCCCCUGGCCUCUGGCUGAGGGCCAGGAAGGGCUCUUUGUUCCCACUGUUCUUCCACCUUCCUCCUCGUCUUCAGCCCCGGCCCAGAUCUCACAGCCUGGCUCGCUCUGGAAGCUGCGUAUGGCCCCCACCCCAGCUCCCAGGCGGCUGCACUGCGUCUCCUGGAGCCGAAGGGAGAGCUGGUGGCUUCUGCUCAGCACCGGGAAUGGUGUUCCUCUAGCCUGGACUUCCUUGGGCCUAGAAGGGAACCAGCUGGUGGGGACAGAACCAGCCCUUGACCACCUCCUUCUGGCCUUCCCAGGGCUCAGUGGGAGUGGUGGUCAUCAGGUCAGCAGAGUUGUAGAGCUGUCCCUGGUGUGGGCUGGUGCCCUCGGGCAGGCAGGUGGACCCUGGCACAGGGGCCUGCUUUUUUCUGACGGGGGAACUCUUGGUUCCCAAAGCUUACCUACUUUAGGGUUUCUUUUUAGUCAGAGGUUUUUCUUACUCUGCUUCCCACCUCCAAGUUCCAUCCACCCAAACUCCCAGGGGCCUCCACUGGCGGCCUGGAGCUCUCCUUGGUGCUGAGUAGACUCAAUUCUGGCCAUGCCGCUGGCUGUAGAGGGGCCCUGGUGCUUACUGGGGCUCCCCCUCUACCCCCAGGCCUGCCCCAGUGGACUCUCAAUAAACACUAGCUGAGGCGGUGACCGUGGUGUGAACUGAAUUCGCUUGAGGGGCCACUCAGGCUGUAGAAGCAGCUGGUGAAGUGGGAAGAGACUCUGGGUGCAGGUGUCCUGGGUUCUGGUCCAGACUCUGCCCUGAAUUUGCUUUGGGACCUCAGCAACGUCAUGUCCUCUCUCGGGGCCUCAGUUUUCCGUGGGUGACAUGAGCUGUUUGGAUUAACAGCAGUAGGAGUUCUGUAAAUAUUUUUUGAAACAAAUACACGUACCCCUGAGGACCAAUUUGGCUCCAACACUCUAAUUCCCCUGCCUCUCCCCACUCCUCGCUGCCUCCCCUGAGCUUGUCAAUAUUUUCUCUGCCGGGGCCUUGGUUUCCCCAUCUGCACGAUGCGGGGGGGAUUAUCUCUGGCCCGCUCAUUCAGAGACAGUGGGAGGACCAAAGGGGAUGGUUCCAGGGAUGCAGAUCCAGUGGCUAAGAGCUUGGGCUCUAGAGGCCGACUGACUGGAGCUUGAGACUGACCACC